AUGAUUGCAAGGAUAUUCUACACUGGAGGCAUUCCAUUCAACCUGGCAAGAAACCCAAACUAUCGAGCCUAUUACAACUUUGUGGCGAACCAUGGCAUGGGUGGAUAUGUUCCUCCUGGAACCAAUAAGUUGAGAACAACUCUCCUGCAGCAAGAAAAGGCUAAUGUGGAGAGACAUCUUGAACCCAUCAAGAGCACAUGGCCCACAAAAGGGGUGCCAAUUGCAGCUGAUGGAUGGACUGACACUCAGAAGCGUUCCCUUUUGAACUUCAUAGCUGUAACAGAAAGCGGUCCUAUGUUCUUGAAAUGUGAAAACACUGAAGGACAGGCAAAGACUAAGGAUUACAUUACUGACCUCUUGAUUGAUGUUAUUGAAAAAGUUGGACCAAAGAAUGUUGUUCAGGUAAUCACAGAUAAUGCAGCAAACUGCAAAGCUGCUGGUUUGAUUAUUGAAUCAAAGUACAACAAUAUCUUUUGGACUCCCUGUGUUGUUCACACCUUGAACUUAGCGCUGAAAAAUAUAUGUGCUGCAAAGAAUGAUGAAGGUGAAAAUCCAGAACUUAAAUGGAUAAGUGAUGUUGCAGGGGAUGCUCUCCAAAUCAAGAAUUAUAUCAUGAAUCAUGGGAUGAGGCUGUCAAUGUUCAAUUCAUUUAGUAAGCUCAAGUUUCUAGCUAUUGCAGAUACAAGAUUUGCAUCUGUCAUUGUUAUGCUGAGGAGGUUUCUCCUUCUGAAGGAAUCACUUGUUCAAAUGGUAAUCAGUGAUAAGUGGAGAGCAUAUAGGGAAGAUGAUCAGGAGAAGGCCAACUUUGUCAGGCAGAAGAUACUUGAUGAAAUUUGGUGGGAUCAAGUGAAAUACAUCAUUGAUUUCACUGACCCUAUCUACUCAAUGCUACGGGCAGCUGAUACUGACAAGCCUUGUCUCCACUUGAUAUAUGAGAUGUGGGACAGCAUGAUAGAGAAGGUGAAAGGUGUUAUUUUCAGGAAAGAAGGCACGGGGCCACUUGAUGAAUCUGAAUUCUUCAAUGACCCGGAGCUGAAAGAGUUAGCUUUUAAGUUGCUUGGGCAGCCAGCUUCUUCUUCUUCUUGCUGCGAGAGGAAUUGGAGCACCUACAGUUUUAUCCGUAACCUGAGAAGAAACAAGCUCACUCCUGAACGUGCUGAGGAUUUGGUGUUCGUGCAUAAUAACUUGCGUCUUCUUUCAAGGAGCAGUGAUGAGUAUCUCACAGGGCCAUCCCAGAUGUGGGAUAUUGGGGGAGAUGGUUUUGAGAUAUUUGAUGGUGUCGGCAUUCUCCAGGCUGCCAAUCUUACUUUGGAUGAGCCUGAGUUUGAGGUUAUGAUUGCAGGAGAUGAUUGA